AUGCUCAGCACAGGAACGAUGUUUCUAUCAUAUGGUCAACAUAUAUGCGGAAUGUUCAGAAUUGCCAGUUAUCGAAUUCAAAACGUGAUCAAACCUAAUGGGCUACAAUCUGUUAAUCCACAGAAUGAGAACUCGAUUUACGAAGGGUUAAUUUACGCAGUAGAAGUUCAUCGCAAAACUCUGCAGUUGGAACUAAGUUUACCACCUAAUAUAUGCCCACAGAUGGAGGAGAGCAUUUAUGGAACCUAUCUAUACAUGUUCGGGGCCAACUACGUUGCUCAACAAGUGACGGAUCACAAUAAUCAUGUAUUUGCUACUGUAUACAACAUACGGUGGUAUGUGACUCCCUUACAAAUACAGAAAAUGAUACUGUUCAUGCUGCAGAGGGGUACUAAGGCUUAUUAUCUGCAACUCGGUAGUAUCUUUCUAGGAUCCUUAGAAGGUUUCGCAUCGUUGCUGAGCGCCACGAUAUCUUACUUCACCGUUAUUUAUUCAACACGACAAUGA